AUCGAAUCCUCGCGAAGACAAGACGUCUUCAUUCUUCUCUUAUCCUCCACGAGGAUAAUAGCAAAGUGCAAUGGAUUGGGGAAGGUAACCUACGACAUGCACACGGAGGUGCUACAUGAUUGUAAGAGACGAUAUAAGGCCCCGUGAUGGCGGUGCGGUCUCAGUUUAUCGACUGGUGCCUCGCGGAAGAGGUGUCCACACCCGUUCGUUUCUCGCGCCUUUAAUUUCCCUUUUAUUCUCAGCUUACAUUUUUUUUUCUCACUUUUCACGAUACAUGGUCGCACUCGCAAAUCCAAUUCCCGUUACUGUAGUGUAAAUAAAUUUCUGCACGCGCCUGUUUUUCGCACCGGGAGGAUUUCCCAACGAUCGAAGUACGCGAAGAGUGGCACAAUGGCGCAAUUGAUACAAAUAAUUUACGACGGUUAUCGAGACCUCAUGGACAACAAGAGCGAUCCGAGGGUCAACAACUGGCCGAUGAUGAGCGGUCCUUUUCUCACGUUGGCGAUCUGCUUGUUUUACGCCUAUUUCGUUAAAGUUCUGGGACCGAAACUGAUGGAGAAUCGAAAGCCCUUCGAUCUCAGAAGAGUGAUGAUAUGGUAUAACCUCUUCCAAGUCGUAUUCUCCACGUGGCUGUUCAGAGAAGCUCUGAUCGGCGGCUGGGGAGGACAAUAUUCUUUCAGAUGUCAGCCGGUCGAUUACUCAAACGAUCCGAUCGCAUUGCAUAUGGCGCAAAACUGCUGGUGGUAUUAUAUCUCCAAGUUCAUCGAGUUCACGGACACGAUCUUUUUCGUAUUGAGGAAAAAGAACAAUCACAUUACCACCCUUCACGUCAUCCAUCACGGCUGUAUGCCCAUAUCCGUAUGGUUCGGAGUUAAAUUCACCCCCGGUGGUCACAGCACCUUCUUCGGUUUUCUAAAUACUUUUGUUCAUAUCAUAAUGUACUCGUAUUAUCUUCUGGCGGCGCUCGGACCACAAAUACAGCCAUAUCUAUGGUGGAAGAAAUAUCUGACCACCCUGCAGAUGGUCCAGUUUGUUCUCGUAAUGAUCCACGCGUUCCAAUUGCUCUUUAUCGAUUGCAAUUACCCGAAGGCUUUCGUCUGGUGGAUUGGCAUGCACGCCGUGAUGUUCUAUUUUCUUUUCCGCAACUUCUACAAUGAAACGUACAGGAAGAAGGAUUCGAAGAAGGCAUCAAACAAGCAAAAGAGCCUUAAAUGUGAUAAAAAUGAACAGAAUGCACAAGAAGAUAAUGUCAAGGAGAAUGACAACGAAAAAAGCGUAAUAUACGCGAACCAGUACAAAAUGGCCACCGGUUACAUUUCGGACAGCGGCCUCAGGAAUCGUGUGUUCAUCGACAAUCGAGGCUUUGACGAAUAAUGUCGAGUCUCCGAGUCAAAGACUUCAAUUGAAUGUCGAGAGUGCAUUUGACUGCGAAUUAUAUAUAUUAUCAUGUUUAGAGUUCUCCGUCGCGUUGCAUCAUAAUCGCUAUUCUCACAGCGUUUGGGUAAAAAUAAAUUUCGAAAGAACUGAGAAAAGGGGAGAGAAAUGCACUGAAGCUUAUUAUCUGAUAGCCUUAGUAGCGUUCUUUCCGAUGAUACUACUUCGCAGCAGAGACUUUUAAGAUGUAU